GAUAAAUGUGUAACGUAAUUUUUAAUUCUGUUUGAGAGGAAAGAUGAGGGUGCUAUUUGUGUACAUAUGUAUAGUUCAUUUUGUUUUUGUCUGUGGACACCCACUUGGCAACAUCUCCACCACAUUUGUGGACAACUGGUCUAGCUACUGGUUCUUAAGACUGAUGGUUAAUAUUUUAGGAUAUGCGACCGUGCUAGUUCCUGGAGCUAUUAUUAUUUUUAUGAUUAAAAGAUCAAAUUAUCUGGAUAGAAAAGAUAAAUCCUGCAUUCAAAAAUGCCUACAACUGUGUAUUUAUGGAACUCCAGAAGACAGGUCCAGCACCGAAAAUGUGCAGACUAAACUUACCUUUUCAAAUGGUGAGAAAAGCACAUAUCAAGAAGCCUUCCAGUUACUUUUUUGUUUCUUUGGACUUCAGAUAUCGUAUUUGACAUGGGGAGUUCUUCAAGAGAAGAUCAUGACUCAAAAAUACAAAGAUGUUUUGGGAGAAACUCAGAUAUUUACAGAUUCUCAGUUUCUGGUUUUUGUCAAUAGAGUUUUGGCAUUUAUUUUUUCUGGUGUGUAUAUAUUAAUUUCUAAGCAACCUCAUCAUGUUGCUCCUCUAUACAAAUAUUCUUAUUGCUCGUUUUCCAAUAUAAUGAGUAGCUGGUGUCAAUAUGAAGCUCUGAAAUUUGUUAGCUUUCCAAUACAGAUUCUGGCUAAGGCUUCAAAGAUCAUUCCUGUGAUGCUGAUGGGGAAGGUGGUGUCGAAGAAGACAUAUAGUUUGCAUGAGUAUGCCUCGGCAGUGAUGAUUUCAGUAGGAAUGGUCCUCUUUCUACUCUCACAGGGAGAACAGCUUGACAGAGGCACGGUCACUUCCUUUUCCGGCUUUGUCAUAUUGGUAGGUUAUAUGUUGUUCGACAGCUUCACUUCCAACUGGCAGGGCAAGCUUUUUAAUCAGUAUCACAUGUCUUCAGUUCAGAUGAUGUGUGGAGUCAAUCUGUUUUCCUGCAUCUUUACGUCCGUAUCACUGUUGCAGCAAGGUGCAUUUUACAGAUCAGUCUCCUUUAUGUUUCAGUUUUCUCAAUUUUUUAUGGACUGUGUGCUGUUGUCUAUCUGUUCUGCCAUGGGGCAACUGUUCAUAUUUUACACCAUAUCUCAGUUUGGACCAGUGGCAUUUGUCAUCAUGAUGACCGUAAGACAAGCCAUUGCCAUAUUAUUGUCUUGCCUGAUCUACCAGCAUCCCUUAAAUAUAGAGGGUGGAAUUGGCAUCACCAUUGUUUUUUCAGCAACUUUUUUUAAAGUUUAUUAUAAUCGUAAAAUUAAGUUAGCCAAGCAGGCGCAGAAAAUGAAGAAAGAUCUGUUAAACGGACAAGCAGUUUAAAUUGUUAAACAAUGUAAUUUUAUAUCAGGACGAGAUUUUAUGCUUUUAUUUUACUGUUUGCAAAGAACAGUUAAGAUUUUAAUGUAUAGAAAUGAAAAGAGACUAUUUCUGUGAGGAUCCUCUUCCCGUUUUUUACCUAAAGUAAAUUUUAGCUGCUGUUACAAAUAGCAAUACAUUUAAACUGUUGUUUUAUUUUUUAUUUAUUUGAUAUUUUCACCGAGUAGAAUUUAGAACUUGGAGAACUCUGAUUUGAUAAAGUUUGGAGAUAAACGUGAUGCACAGAAUUUGCCUAUUAACUUAUAUGGUGCGCACAUCUGUAUAUUUUAAUUACUGAACUAGUCUGUCAUGUUCGAAAUUAGAAGUAAAUUUCUGAUUGUGUAAAAAUUGUUUUGCGUUGCAGCUUAAAAACUUAAAGCAAUAUCUGAGUAAUUGCAUUGAAAUGGCUUGUAUUUCAGUUGAAAUUUGACCAUGCAUUGAUGGUCUUAUAUAUUGCUUAGUCAAGAAAUCUCAGCUUUGUUCUUUUAUGUUUUGUACUGUUUUAAGGUUUGUGCAACUUAAAAAGUAUAGGUAGCACAAUAGUUGGUUAACUAGGAUAUAAGCACUAGGUUUUUUGUUAAAUUGCUUUCAAUGAAGCAAUAAUCACAAACCAUUCUUAAACUAUAUCUUUGUUAAUUGAUUUUUGAGCCACCCUAUGUAUAACUGACAGUGUCUAUUUAUAUUCGCGCACAAGAUUUUGCAAAUUGAUAAAAAAAAAAUUAAUUUUAAUAAUCAAGUAUAAAUGCUGUUAUAUUAACCCAAAUGUUGAAACUA